AUUAUUGAUAUUUUUUACGUUACAUUGAUUGGGUUAUGAAAUAUUAUUUUUUAUUUUUUGUUUUACAAAUUGAUGCCGCCAAAAUGUGUAAUGUGUUGUGCAAUUAAAAUAACAGUAAUAAAUGAAAAUUGUCUAUUUUCCAAUAUUUAAAAAUAAAUGAUAUAAUAGUAUAUUUUUAAGUGAUACAUAAUGACUUUGACUCAUAAUAAAAAACGAGGUUCAGAAGAUUCAUUAAUCUCAGAAAAUAAUUUCCGAAAACGCAAAAAAGAAGACUUAGAAGAAUUACCUAUGCAAAAAUAUCAAGAGGACCGUGAUUUUGAUGAAGCAUUUAAAAACCUCUUACGACCUAUUGAAUUAAUUGCCAAAACAAAUCAUUAUGACUACAAUUUAAUCAAAGAAUUGGAUUCAUAUUUAUAUCAUUUGAGAGAAUUACGGGAAGAAGAUAAUGUUGACUUUGUUGAAGCUGCUUUGAUGUUUCAAAAUAUAAUUUUAAUUUAUCAAAAAAGAGUUGAUCAUUUAGUAGAUUUUAUGAUGAAACUUGUGAGAAAGUUUCGAGCUUAUCGAGUUCAUCAGAAUGAUGGAGAAAAUAAUGGAGACGAUGAUGCUGAAAAUGUAGAGUGUAACAAAAAAAAGAAAAAAGAAAAAAAGAUUAAAUACUACCCAACAUUUGAACCAAUAAAAGGACAAAUAAUUGGGACUUUAAAAAAUUUUGAUUGCAAAAUUAUUAAUUUAACAAAAUUACCGGCUAUACCGAAAAUUGUACUCAAUGCUAACAUAAAGGUGGAUAACAAGUAUAGCAACAUUUUACCUUAUAUUUGUAUUGGAAAUGGUGAAAAUAUUGGAAAAAAAUAUGACUAUAUGAUUAAUUACUGUUUAAAUCGAGAUUUAGCCGUGAACCAAGAGUUUGAUUGUGUCACUAAUGGUGACCAAGAAAAUAUUCCACCUCUUCAAUUUUGCGAAAGUACUGAUCCACUUCCAAUAAAUGUAUCAGGUAUGGAUCAUAAACCAUAUGAUCCCCCAUCAAUUACGCCAGAACCUGUGAUUUUUGAUCAAACUUUCUCUGAUGAAAUUUGUGUGGCAAAUGCCAUAUCUCUUAAUCCAGCCAAUAUUUUAAAUGUUAGUCAAAUACCAGAAAGAAAAAAAAUGGAUAUUGAUGCAUGGGAUUCAGUUAAUGAUACUAAAUCAGAUAUUUAUUCUGAUAAACCUAUUACUAAAAAAAAAGGUUCUAAAAAAAUUGAUAAUGAUAAUGGGAUAUGGUUACCAACAUAUGUUGUGUCAGAACUUUUCAUGGAAAUGUUCAAACUCAAAACCGGUCUAGGUGUAGAUCCAGCAUUUAGAAAAUUAGUUGCAGAUGCUCAAAAUCAACAAAGAUCAGAUAUUGCUAAAAAGAAAUUAAAACACAUUAAAGACUCUAAGGAACAAUUAACUGAAGAGAUAAAUGAAGAAUUUGAUGAAGAUUUAUUAAAUGGUGGUGGUUUUGAUGGUUUUAAUGACAUGAUUGAUAAUGGAGAUGCUCAUAGUGAAGAGCCUGAUAUUGGAGAACAAGAAGUGGCUGUUGAAGAUUUUCAAACUUAUAAAAAGAACAUGGAAGAUAUGAGAAAACAUGAACAGAAUCAAAUUGAACUAAUGAAUGAGCAAUUAGAAAUGCGUAAAAGAGUACAGGCUUGGCAUGAUAAUCUACGUCCUAUUCUUGAAGAUGAAGAAAGACGAACAGCAUUUGAUAUACAUGAUUAUGGAACAAAAGUACUCAACUGUUUCAACACAAAAGGAGAAAAAAAAUCUUUUGAACAACUAGUUUCAGGCCAGAAACAAGGAGAAGUUGCUAGGUUUUUUUUAUCAUCUUUAAUGCUGGCUAAUACAUAUAAUUUAUGCAUAACUAAGCCAACUGAUGAUCCAUUGACUGUUGGAAUAAUGAAUAUUGAACUUUUGAAAAAAGAGAGACAUCAUGAAGAACUUCAAAUUAAUAUUGGUAAUCAAGUAAAUCAUGAAUAGAAUUCAUAUUUUAUUUCAUUUAGUUGCGCAACUGGUUCUGUAAUUAGUCUACCAUGUGAAUUAUAGACUUAAAUUAGAUGUAUAUGAAUUUUUAUUUAUUUAACUAAUAUUUGAUUUUCCAAAACUUACUCAAAAUAUAUGACUUAUUAUAUUUUAAUAAUAAUAUAUUAUUUUGUAAAGAAUUUUUUUCAACUUAAUGUUAAUAAUUCUGAACAUAGAAACAAAAAAUUGAAGCUGUGGUUCAAUUUUCUGCGUAAAAAAUUUAUAUUAUUUUACCUAUAUACUUGGUCUUUACUUGACAAUAAAAAAUUUUGAAAAUGUUUUCUAAAAUUUAAAAAAAAAAUUUUUUUUUUCAACAUUUUCCUUAAUACAUUCUUAUUUUGAUUUUUAUAUUUUGAUAUUAAACUUAAUAAAUGUUUUGAGUUAUUUUUUA